CGCGUAACGCUAUCAUCGUGCGGUCUUGUGAAAAAGCGAAAGUUGUAGACGCGUCCUCAUCGGUGGAAGAAAAAAUAAUUUUAGAACAAAUAAUGGCAGACUCUGACGACGAGUACGACCGGAAGAGACGCGACAAGUUCCGCGGGGAACGUAGUGCCGGAGAAAGCUAUGCGCGGGGUGCCGACAGAUCGGAUCGCUCUCGCGGUCGAGAUGAUUGGCCGGAACGCGGAAGACCACGGCAGGACUACCGGGACUAUCGGCCACCACAACGGGACCGUGGCUAUUCGCCUUCCCGCGAAGGACCUCCGAUGAAGCGACUACGCGGCGAUGGGUGGGGAGACGACGCCCGGCCUCGGUUUGUGGGUCAUGAAUCGUAUGGAAUGUACGGCUAUAACCACGAUCAUUUCGGAAUGCAUCCGGCUGCUGGACCGUACGGGCAUCCAGCUGGUUUACAUCCGCGGGAGCAGCAAUCCUCAGGAGACAUGCAAACUCAGCCCUGCAUGAUGACGCUGAAGCAGUUCCUUGCCACUCAGGACGAUUCAAUUUCCGAUUCGGAGGCCAUCCAGAAGUACAACGACUACAAGCUGGAGUUCAAGCGGCAGCAGCUGAACGAAUUCUUUGUGGCCCACAAGGACGAAGAAUGGUUCAAGAUCAAGUACCAUCCGGAGGAAUCGCUGAAGCGAAAAGAUGAGCAGAUGGGAUUUUUGAAGCGCCGUUGCGACGUUUUCGUGGAACUGCUGGACACCGGUGAUGUCUCCAAGGUAUCGGUGGAUACCUCCAAUGCGGAUCCGUUGCUUCGCCUGCUGGACACGGUCGUCAUCAAGCUGGAAGGUGGCACCGAGGAGGAUCUCAAAGUGCUGGACGAAAAACCGGUGGAGAUUGUUAAGAUUUUGCCGGAGAAGCCGAAGGUGGAGGUGAAGAAGGAACCGCUGCUGGAGGAUACCAUCAAGAAGGAGAAGAUCAGUAUCAAGGAGGAAAAGGUGGAAGACGCGGAGAAGCCCAAGGAGGAGAAGGAUGUUGAGAAGGAGAAGCCGUCGGGAGAUGGUGAGGCUGAAGCUGAAGGGGACAAGGAAGGUGAGGAGAAGGAAACAGCGGAAGCUGACGAAAGGGAGGCGGAGCCGGUGAAGGAACCGGAGCAGGAGGAAGAUACAUCGAGGAAAAAGGAUCGCAGGAAGAGAAGUCGAUCGGAUUCCGGUAGCAGCUCAUCGUCUUCGUCGUCGUCCAGCUCUAGUGAUUCGGAAGAUGAGAAGGAGAAGGAAAAGGAGAAAGAGAAGAAGGAUGCAGAGGACGAUGAGGAGAUGAAGGAGGAUGAAGAAGAGACGCCCAAGAGUCCGAAGCCUAUUGAACAGGAAAAUGAAGAAAAGGAAGAUGAGCAGGCGGAGAAUAAUGGACAUAAGAGCGGAGAUGAAGGAGAAGAAGGAGAAGAAGAGCCAGCUAAGAAAGACGAAGCAGAGCCUGAGAAGAUGGAUACCGAGGAGGUGUCAGAAGAGAAAGACAAAGAAGGUGAGACAGAAGAGAAGGAGGAUGAGGAGGGGGAGGGUAAAGAAAAGGAAGCGGAAGCCAACCAGCAAAGCAAUGAGGAGAAAGACGAAGCGGAAAAGACAGAAACUAUUGAUUUGGUUAAGGAUACAAAUGUUAGUACAAGUCCGCGGGCUCUACAUCGGACCAGCUCGAUCUUUUUGCGCAACUUGGCCCCAUCGAUAACGAAGGCCGAAGUGGAAGCCAUGUGCAAGCGUUACAAUGGAUUUCUGCGCGUGGCAAUCGCCGAUCCACUACUGGAGAGAAGGUGGUUCCGCCGCGGGUGGGUUACUUUCCGCCGAGAUGUGAACAUCAAGGAAAUUUGCUGGAAUCUUAACAACAUCCGCUUGCGAGACUGCGAACUGGGGGCUAUCGUCAACAAGGAUCUGAGUCGAAGGGUUCGUCCGGUGAAUGGACUCACCUGUCACAAGACGAUUGUUCGCAGCGAUAUCAAGCUGUGUGCGAAGAUUACUCACAAUUUGGACGAUAAGGCUGGCCUGUGGAAAGACCAGGAAGACAACGGAGGAGAGAAUAAUGGGGAAUCUUUUGGUUUGCAAUCGAAGAAUCCCGUUCUGCAAAACAUCACUGAUUAUCUCAUAGAGGAAGCCUCCGCGGAGGAGGAUGAGCUGCUGGGACUGUCGACGGAAGCCGCCAAGAAGACCAAUGACGGAGAACUGGUCGAGCGUGAUCCGCAGCUAAUUGAAGUUCUAGACAAAUUGAUCCUCUAUCUUCGCGUUGUUCAUUCGGUUGAUUUCUACAAUCACUGUGAGUACCCGUACGAAGACGAGAUGCCCAACCGGUGCGGUAUUAUCCAUGCUAGAGGUCCUCCUCCUCAGAACAAGGUCACAUUGAAUGAAAUCCAGGAGUACAUUCGGACAUUCGAAGGUAAGAUGGGUUCGUUCUUGGCCCGUGCCAUCGAGUUGGAAGAAGUGGAAAUGAAGAAACUCGGUUCCAAGGACGCCGAAGCCGAGGUGGAAAAGUUCAUCCAAGCCAACACCCAGGAGCUGGCCAAGGACAAGUGGCUGUGUCCGUUGUCCGGCAAGAAGUUCAAGGGCCCGGACUUUGUGCGUAAGCACAUCUUCAACAAGCACAACGAAAAGGUCGACGAAGUUCGCAAGGAGGUGGAAUACUUCAACAACUAUCUGAAGGACACCAAGCGGCCGCAAUUACCCGAGCAUCCGGGUAAUACCAGGAAAGCACCGUCCGAUGCGGCCCCACCCAGUGCUGGAUAUCGCCCACCGUACGGAAUGUCCCAUGCUUACGCCCCAAUGUACGCUCCGUAUGCCCAACCGAUGAUGGCGCCGGCUGGUCGUGCAAGACCCGGAUAUGGACGCGGUGGAAGAAUUCAAGACGCCCGACGGAACAUACAAAAUCGAUCUAGAAUGGCACCGGAUUACCGCCCAGUGAUUCACUACCGUGAUCUGGAUGCGCCCCGCGAACCGGACGAGUUCAUCUAAACAAAACAUUAACACAAUUGGUAGUUGGAUCAAUCGUAGGUCUGGCCAAAUGAUAGCAUUCACAGUAACAGUUAAAUCAAAACUAAUUCAAAAUUUGUGCAUUUCAUCCGUAAGAAUCCGAUAGUUGAACAAUUUGAAAUAAAGGACGCUGCAACUAUGUGUGAAGUUAUGAUGUA